AUGACUCCAGAACAGAUUGCCGUGAUAGCUCAAACUCUUCCGUUCCUGGAGCAAUACGGGGAGAGUAUCACCAAAGCAUUUUAUAGGAAUAUGCUUGCCGCCCACCCGGAGCUGAAGAGCGUGUUCAAUAUGACAAACCAGCAAACUGGACACCAGGCAAAGGUUCUUGCUGGAGCCCUCUACGCUUACGGAGCGAAUCUCAACAACUUAGACGCACUAGGUCCAAUGCUAGAAUUGAUUUGUCACAAACAUGCAUCUUUACAAAUCACUGCGGAUCAGUACGAUAUCGUCGGCUUGUAUCUGAUCAAGGCGAUGAAAGAAGUUUUAGGAGACGACUUCACACCAAACGUGCAAGAUGCCUGGACUUCCGCUUAUGGCCAACUCGCGAGCCUCAUGAUUCAGAAAGAGAGCUCGCUCUAUGGCCAGCAUGAGGAAUGGAAAGACUGGAGGGACUUUCGCAUCGUCACUAUUUUCCAUGAAUCCGAGGAGAUUUCCUCGUUUUAUCUCUUCCCUGUUGAUAGCAAACCCCUUCCAACCUUCGUACCUGGCCAAUACGUCUCCGUGCGUGUCUAUAUACCGGAAAUGGGCUACAUGCAGGCACGACAAUACUCAAUGAGCGAUAUCCCCUCAUCUAAAUACUAUCGGAUUAGUGUGAAGAAAGAACGGGGUCAGCAAUUUGCCCCCGGUGUACUGUCAAAUGCUCUCCACGACAUUGAUGCCCCAGGCGGAAUCGUGCAGGUCUCACAUCCUGGAGGUGACUUUCUCUUGAACAGCAUCCGUGAGCGCACACCAAUUGUUCUCAUUGCAGGUGGCGUUGGUAUAACCCCAUUGUUGUCUAUGUUGAAGUUCCUCACGUCAACUGGAUCCACCGUGCAGCGUCCCGUACAUCUCAUCUACGCUACAAGAACCACGGCUGCACGGGCCUUCUUCAAGGAAAUAAUUGAAGCCAGUCGCUCCGAUGCUACAGCCAGAGUGACGUUCUUUGUCGAAUUUCCCGAGGCUAGCGACAAGGCUGGUAGCGACUACCAUCACCUAGGUCGCAUCGACCUGCAACGCCUGGAUGCGCAUCGGGAUCUUUUCUUGAGUGACCCGCUUACGGAGUACUACAUAUGCGGUCCGUCUCCAUUCCUCGAAAUGGUUAAAAACUCUUUACUCAAUAAAAGAGUAAAGUCAUCCAAGAUCAGGAUGGAGGUCUUUGGCGCUGGUGGCUUUGUUGAAACCAAGUCCCAGGCACGUUUGUAA